AUGACGCACAAACAUCCAGAGAUGAAGAUGUUUCUCCAGGAUGCAGAUUUUUUCCUGGACUGGGCUGAAGGGAAAGAGAAUCGGGACGUCCAGCUCAUAUUUCCUCUUCCUUUCAGAGAGCUCAAUCUGAUGAAGAACAAAACACUCAGUCUUUCAAAUCUUCUUCAGUAUACUUUAUCAGACCUAAUUAACUCUCCAGAGAAAUCCAUCAAUCUGUUCCACUGUCUGAAUGAACUGGGUGAUCAUUCACUAGUGGAGGAAAUACAACAGUAUCUGAGAUCUGGAUCAAUAAAUAAAGCCAAACUCUCUUCAUCUCAGUGGUCAGCUGUAGCUUUUGUGUUGUUGGCAUCAGAGAAGAUGCCGGAUGAGUUUGACAUUAAUAAAUUUGUUGAAGGAAACAAUGAAACCAAAAAACUGGAAGUUUUUCAGAAACUGCUGCCUGUGAUUAAAGAAUCCAGAUCAGUUCAAUCAAACCCCUCACACCUGAGACAACUGACUCUGUCUAAUAAUAAUCUAGGAAGUUCUGGAGUACAUUUUCUCUCUACUGUACUCAAGGAUCCUCAGUGUAAACUGAAGAAUCUGUGCUUGUGGGAAUGUGGCAUCACAGAUGAAGGUUGUGCUGCUCUGGCUUCAGCUCUGAGAUCAAACCCUGAACACCUGAGACAUCUGGAUCUGUCUAAUAACAACCUAAAAGAUACUGGUGUGAAGCUGCUCUCUGCUGGUCUGAAGACUCUUCACUCCCUAGAGAAACUGUGGUUGUGGCGUUGUCGUUUCACAGUUGAAGGUUUUACUGCUCUGGCUUCAACUCUGAAAUCAAACCCUGAACACCUGAAAGAUCUGAAUCUGUCUGCUAAUAAAGUAGGAAAUUCAUUGACUCUGCUGUCUGAAGUACUACGGGAUCCUCGCUGUAAACUGGAGAGACUGCAGUUGUAUUGUUGUAGUCUCACAGUUGAAGGUUGUGCAGCUCUGGCUUCAGCUCUGAGAUCAAACCCCUCACACCUGAGACAACUGGAUCUGUCUGACAGUAAAAUAGGUGAUUCUGUAGUAAAUCAGCUCUCUGCUGUACUGGAGGAUCCUCGGUGUAAACUGGAGAAACUGUGGUUGAGGGGUUUUGGGGUCACAGGUGAAGGUUGUGCUGCUCUGACUUCUGCUCUGAGAUCAAACCCUGAACACCUGAGAAAUCUGAAUCUGUCUAAUAAUAAUCUAGGACAAUCAGGAAGGAAGUUGCUCUCUGAUCUGAGGGCUGAUCCACAUUACAAACUACAGAAACUGCAAAUCUGACUCUCAGUAUUUAGAUGUCAGUCCAGUUUCCUCAGGAUCAGCUGAUGGUGAAUAAGGAGCCGCUACAGAGACACACAGUCACACAAUCAACAGAGACUCAAGACACAGAGACACACAGAGAUCUUGUUUUUAUCUUUAUGCGGGUCUGUUCUUUUAAAUUACAGAUUUCCACAAUGAUUUAUUAGAGGACCUGAACUCACUUUAUCAUUUAAGACUCAAUUUUAUAAACAAGGGCCCAUGAAAAUCAGUGCCGAAAAGCACCAUUAGCGAGUUGGAAUUGUUUUAGAUUCACUAGAUAUUGAUUACAAUGUAGCUGUAACACUCAAUACACUACAAGAAGUCACAAAACUAAAACACUCAUUUUAAUCAACAAGUCAUAAAUAAGAAAUUUGUCAAUUCAUUUCCUAUCAGUAUAACUUUUUAACAUGUUUUCUUGGACUCAAGAAUAUUUUUAAAACAACUCGAGUCUUUUAUCCUUUACUCAUGUCAUGAAGAAAGAACUUGGAAUGUACUUAUAUGCUUUUACAAUAUCUGCCUCACGUAUAUACUUGUUGAUGUAGAUGGGACUCUUAUCAUAGUAUUUGAAACACACACGGCAGAUGCGGCUGAUGUUGAUGUGGCCUGCCGCACUUUUAGCCAGUCACUAGGGAUCAGCAGUCAGACGUGAUGAUUCAUGAGUGACGGGUUUUUAGCGCGAUAAGGGAUCAGAUUUUGAAUGCAUAGCUGUAUAUUCAAGUGAUCACAAUGCCAGAGUGGCCUGAAUAUAAGUUACACUAAAGAGUGGGAGAGUGACUCAACUCUCACAACGUGAAUUACACCUGUGGAGGGAGAUGACAUGAAGGCUCUAAUAUCAUUGUAACUCUGAAAUCAGAGCACAGUUGAAUAAUUUAAUCAAAAUUGAAACUAAAUAUGGCACUGUGCCAAGUUCUGUUCUGCUUCCCGGAAGACUUCCUCUAGUUCUGUCUGAAGUUAAAGUGCGACACGAAGGUAAGCGCAUUACUGUUGCUGUCUAUUUUUUAUCAUUCAAUAUGUAUCAAUGAAUGACAAUUUUGACUGUCAUGGUGUGUGCAUGAAGGAGUGUGAAAUACCUGCUAAUUACGUUGCUUAUUCCGAUCACUUAUAUUGGGCAAUUUUUGAAUUUAAAGUGGCUUAUUCUGACUGUUGACAUUGAAAAUGAUGCACGUGUUUUUUCGAGAAUAUCGGUUAAUUUCUUGAUUGCCGUUUUGACAUAGUGUCUGCCUGCAUAUUUUAGCCAUAUUUGGUCAUUCUCUUUCAAUGUAA